AUGGCUGGACAUAAAAUAAAAUUACAGUCAAGUGACGGGGAUACUUUUGAUGUUGAAGUUGAGAUUGCUAAACAAUCGGCAACAAUAAAAACUAUGUUAGAAGAUCUUGGAAUGGACGAAGAAGAAGAUGUGAUUCCAUUACCAAACGUCAAUUCGGCCAUUUUAAAAAAAGUUAUUCAAUGGGCAACUCAUCAUAAAGAUGAUCCACCACCACCAGAAGAUGAUGAAAAUCGUGAAAAAAAUACAAAUGAUAUUUCAUCAUGGGAUCAAGAUUUUCUAAAAGUUGAUCAAGGAACACUUUUUGAACUUAUUCUGGCUGCUAACUACUUAGAUAUAAAAGGGUUACUUGAUGUAACAUGCAAAACAGUUGCAAACAUGAUCAAAGGCAAAACGCCAGAAGAAAUUCGGCGUACAUUCAAUAUCAAAAAUGAUUUCACACCUCAAGAGGAAGAACAAAUCAAAAAAGAAAACGAAUGGUGUGAGGAAAAAUAA